AUGAACCUCAAACUCCUCUCCACCGCCAUUUUCGGCCUCAUAUCAGCCACCGCAGCCCAAGACGCCGACACCGAAACACCCACUGAUACCAACGCUACCGUCAUCACCGACAACCAGCCUCUCUCCUUCCACCACGCAUCCCUGCUCAAGAAGGACAACACGACCGUCUACGGCGACAUCACAAUCACCACGCGCGGCCACUCCAGCGCUCUCCAGGUCGACGUGCGCAUCGGCGGCAUCCCCGAGGGUGAAUACCUGAACUACCACAUCCACGCCUCCCGCGUCCCGGAGGACGGAAACUGCUACCUGACCGGCUCCCACCUCGACCCCCACGGCCGCGGCCAGGAACCCCCGUGCACCAUCACCGCGCCGCAGACAUGCGAGGUCGGCGAUCUGAGCGGGAAGCAUGGCCCCGCGUGGGCGCCUGAAGGCCAGGAGUUCCACGCGACCUACACCGAUUUCUUCCUGGCGAAUACGCCCGGCCAUGAGGCUUAUUUUGGCGAUUUGUCGUGGGUGGUGCAUGCGCCGAAUUCGGAUCGGUUGACUUGUGGCAAUUUUGAGGGGUUUUCGGGGGCUGGGCUUGGGGGU